AUGCAGACCGACGCCCCCCUGGACGCGGAGCGCGAGGCGCUUCUCGCCAAUGUGAUGAAGAAGUCAAUCGAGCGCAAAGGCAUCAAAUCCCGGCUUCGCAAAAUCGAGACCGACACGAAGGCCCAGCAGGAGGAUCUUCAGCGAGUGGAGGACCAAAUCCACGCCCUGUUGACCAUCGGCCACUACAUCGGCGAGGUCCUCAAGCGCGUGGACGAUGAGCGGUUUAUCGUGAAGAGCAUCAGCGGGGCCCGGCACCUGGUGGGCUACAAAAAGAGCAUCCAGCCCGAGCGGCUCAAGUUCGGCGCGCGGGUGGCCCUGGAGGUGACGACCCUGACGAUCGUCAAGAUCCUCCCGCGGGAGGUGGACCCGCAGGUCUACAGCAUGAAGUACAUGGGGGGGGACCAAAACGUCUCCUUCCAGGAGAUCGGUGGGCUGCAGGAGCAGAUGCGGCAGAUGCGCGAGGUGAUUGAGCUGCCCUUGACGAACCCGGAGCUCUUCUUGCGAGUGGGGAUCGUCCCGCCGAAAGGGGUUUUGCUCUAUGGACCCCCUGGGACGGGGAAGACGUUGCUCGCCAAGGCGAUCGCCGCCAACGUCGACGCGGCGUUUUUGAAGGUAGUGGGGUCCGCGAUUGUGGAUAAGUACAUCGGGGAGUCGGCGCGUAUUGUUCGCGAGAUGUUCGCCUACGCCCGGGAACAUGAACCUUGUAUUAUCUUUAUCGAUGAGGUGGAUGCCAUCGGCGGCAAGCGUAUCGAAGGAUCCUCCUCCGAUCGUGAGAUCCAGCGAACGCUGAUGGAGCUGCUGAAUCAGAUGGAUGGGUUCGACCAGCUCGGGAAAGUGAAGUUGAUCAUGGCAACGAACCGUCCGGAUACGCUGGAUCCGGCCCUCAUGCGGCCUGGUCGGCUUGACCGAAAAAUCGAAAUCAGUUUGCCUAAUGAAGCCGGUAGGCUUGAUAUCCUUCGAAUCCAUGCCUCGAAGAUCACGAAGCGUGGGGAGAUCGACUACGACAGCGUAGUGAAGCUCUCCGAGGGCUUCAACGGCGCCGAUCUGCGGAAUGUGUGCACAGAGGCAGGUAUGUUUGCUAUUCGUGCGGGGAAAGACUACGUCGAAAGCGAUGAUUUUAACAAGGCGGUACGAAAAGUUGUCGAUAUGAAACGUUUGGAAGGACAGGCACACCAAUACUCCGUGCAAUAA